AUGGAGAAUUUAUCAAAAUUUACACGCAAUUCGUUUCUAUCUCAUUACACUUUUGUUGAGAAAUUAUUGAUUGUUUCUUAUAUCCUUGAAUGUGCCAUAAAUGUCAUUUCAGUCUUCUAUAUGGUUAUUAGUUUAAAAACAUUACGACCAUUGGUUAUAUUAAUUCUUGAAGUUUAUUUUAAAACAUCCGGAAUUGUAGCAUUACAACAACGAUCAAUAUUACAUGGCAUCAUAUAUUUCUUUCUUAGGAUUAUUAAUAUUGGCACAGUGUUAUUAAUCACUUUAAGAAUUGUUAUAAGGUGUAUAAAUGUCGUUUGUCUUGAUUUCGCAGCACAAGAUGAAGGAUUGAAAGAGUUAAAGGAGUUUAUUUUUAAUUAUCUUGUUACUUGGGUUAUUUUGUAUUCGACAUUUACUAUUUAUCAAUUAAUCUUAGUCAUUAAUAUGUGGAAAAGAAGGUAUGUUUAA